AUGCCUCCGCGAAAGAAAGCGAAAGCUAGCGCAGCUUCCACGCCACUUGGAGACACUCAGCCACAAACGCCACAAGCUUCGGGGCCAACACAGUCGCAAGAUGAGCUGUUGAACGAACCAUGGGCCGACGAGCAGGAAACACAGCUCUUCAAGAGCAUGAUGAAGUGGAAACCAACAGGUCUCCACAAGCACUUUCGCAUGAUUAGCAUACACAAUGACAUGCGUUCACAUGGCUUCGUGACGGAGGACGCGCCACACACGCGCAUACCCGGCAUCUGGAAGAAGUUGAACCAAUUGUACGAGCUGGAUGCCCUCGACGAGCGUGAGAACCAGUAUGCUUUUUCAGAGGACCCAGACCCCGACGACCCCGACGAGGCGGUUAACAUACCCGACUUCGAGCUCCCAGAAGACGAGUUUGGCGAACUCAUGUGGCAGAAGCGCUUCCAUCGCGAAGAUUCUGCUGCAGCCUCCUCACCUGCCGUUACGUCCAUCGAGGAUGACAAGACAAUGUACCAUCCCGGCGUCGGUCUGCUGAAAGACCGGCCAGGCAGCGCACGCUCUCAGAAGGCCGAGACACCUGCAGAGGCGACACCUACACCGAAGAAUGCGAAGACGACACGAGCGAGCAGGGCAACCGUGAAGAGUGCAAAGGGUACUAAAUCGGGUACUAGUGCUACGAGGAAUAGCAAGGCUCAAUCGACAGUGUCUGAGUCUGCCGAAGACGAGGAGGAAGAGGAAGAGGAGGAGGAAUCAAAUGCGGAGUCAGAAGAGGAUAGUGCGCCAACGACAAGACGAACAAAUCGCAGCCGGGCGCCGAAACAGCCACCCAAGCGCACACGGAAGCGAUGA